AUGACCCGAUUAUCAAAUGCUCUGCUUCAGGCAGCGCUCGAGCUCCACGAACAGAACCGACAUCGACUCGAAGACAUCGACCGCAAAAACGAACAGCGCAAAUCGCUCAUCCGAUUAGCCACUCUCCAACUCAUUGUCCAGAAAGUCUACGAUGACGACGGCGUUGCUGAACUUAAGAAACAGGUGCUGACACAUGAGAUCACUGUGGGAAAGCUUAAGCAAGAGCACGCUGCCAACAAUAAGCGCCAGGCGACCAGGAUAGCCCAGCUCCAGAAGGAGAACCUCAAAUUGAAGGAUAAAGUGAAACAGUUGGAAAAAAUGAGUGCUCCGAGAAGUAUGCUCGGGAAGGAUGCCCUCGAUGCUGACUUUGGCGCGGGCGUCACCAAGCCGGCAAAGCUCCCGACGUUUGCCGUUAACGAUAACGGUAGCGACUCGUUCCUUUCCGAUAGCGAUCUGGACGACUUGCUAACCCCCAGAAAACUGGGUUCGAGACGACCGCUGACAUCGAGCGACGUCAGCACGCUGUCGGUUAAGCUCCGGCGGGCGGAAAAGUCCCACAGCGAAGAAGAAUUCACCUCGGCCAACUCUACUUUAAACGUGACCAAGGCGAAGAAAGUACAGAAAAUCAAGCUUAAACCGGUCGACGCCAUCACCCGCAAGCGCCAGUUGGACGACGACGAGGUGCACAACUACGAGGACGAGCACUUCGACGUGCUGGACCCCAACAUCACGUUGCCCAACACGCUGGUGCCGACGAUUCUUACCCCCGUGGCCAAGCGGGUGCGGCGUAAGUUUGACGUCGGCUCCAUUAAGAGCACCAUCAACGAGUGA